AUGGAUGCUCCACCGUCGCCCUCCGUGGACGGCGGCGAACGAACUCCCGACUCUCCGGGCAGAAGUCCGUCGCGAUCAGACCUUUUUUUCCGAGACGCAGAGCCAACGUCUCCCUCUCGGCCAGACGAGGACGAGAAGGAAGGCGACGGUCCCCAGAGUCAGCGGUCCGCUGGAGAAGACGCACCCCCCUCCGGCGAGGACAGUGGCAGGCGGCGCUGGUCCCCUGAUGACGAUGCAGAAGAUGAUGCCGACGACGCUUUAGCACCGGAGCAAGUCGGUGUGGCGCCGGCUGCCUCUGCGAAGCGGACGCAGCGACGCCAGCCGCCGAUGAACGUGGACACGUUCUACGUGCCGGGGGAAUCUGGUGGCAAAAGCGUUGCGGAGAAGGACGAUUUCUUCGAUUUGUACUGUCGACUGAACUUCAUGCGCAUCCAAGAGAGGAAGUUUGGGACGGUCAACCACGGGGUCCAGAGGAAGAAUCAAAUUGCGGAACUGGAGAACGACGUGCGGGAACUGAAGCGCCUCGUGGCAGAGAAAAGGCGGAGGCCGGCAGGGUCGGGCGAGGAGCCAGAGACCGCGCUUGGGGAACCCUCACUCAGGGCGCUGGCCGUCCAGCUCGAGUUGAAAUCGAAGAGGCUCGCGUGUUUAAAAGCGAAAAGGUGCAGAGACCUCCGUCUCGACCUGAAUCAACUUCUAAAGUCUCUGGGAGAUCAACUGUCCGACAUGUAUCCUCACAACGAAAGUCUGGACCGGAUGGCACAGCGGCUAGACCAGUUCAGUUGGAAAGCGCCCACGUGGAUUGGCUACCGACCCCUGCUGCUGCAAAAACACAAAGCCGGAGCGUACAAACGCUGGGUCGACGCCGGCUGCCCGGACCCGCCUCACAGUGUGUUCCAGAGGAAACUCGAUGAACCCAUGGACUCUGUGGGAGAAGGCAUUGACGACAGCGCAAACUCCCCGGGGUCUUGGCACGGAGAGAAAGCAGACGGAGCGAAUCGCGGUCCUUUCGACGAGCCGGAAGACUACCCCCCAGCAGGUACAGUAUAG